AUGUCGACACCUCCCGAACCGUCCGAGAACGAGCCCCUCCUCCCACCACCAGCGUCUAUGGGCCCUGCAUCGCGAUCGAAACUUCAUGCGCGGCGAUACCUCCCACCCCCGUCCGACAAGGCCAAGGGCAAGCAGCGCGCCAUCUCCCCGUCCGAUGACGAGGCGCAAGCGCCUCCCGACCUGCCCAAGGCCAAGGGUAAGACUCGGGCGCCAGACCCCGGUCGGCCAGUUACGGUCAUUUUCUCGAAUGAGGAGGAUGCCGGUGGCCAUCUCGAAGUAUGGGUCGAGGAGGGCGAAAGUGUCGGAAAGGUCAAGGACAAGAUCCGACACAUGCGCCCAAACGUCGCUGGGAACCAGUUGCGCCUGAUCCACGCUGGUCGACUGUUGACCGACGGUAUCCUCCUCCUUCCCUGGCUUCGAAGCCUGGAAGAGCGGGUGCGCCGGCAGGCGGGGGGUGCUGGUGUCGGCGAUGUUCUCCGUGAAGUUGGGCGCGGACUCGCCGGCGACGACGAAGAGGAAGAGCCUGAACCGGUACAGGAACGGGUCUAUCUCCACUGCAACGUUGGCGGACCAUUGGAGGGUGCACCGACGCCCAGCGAGACCGAACCGGAGGCGGUGGUUCCGCGUAGACGCGGCUUUGAUGCGCUUCUGGAUGCUGGAUUGUCGCCUGAAGAAGUGGCGGCUAUGAGGCGCCAAUUUUACGAAAGCCGAGGGGAAGAGGUGCCGGACCUAGACGUAGGCGUGAAUGACGAGCAUGCGCGCGCACUGGAGGAACAGUGGAUCGAGGGCGACCUCACCCCCGAAACCGCAACCACCUCAUCGGAGGGCAUGUACACGGCCAUCCUGCAUGGCCUGCUCGCGGGAUUCCUGUACCCUCUCACGCCGUGGUUUUUUUUCCGCGAAGAGCCGCUGCCCAAUUUCUUCGACGCAGAAGCUGAAGCCGACCAGCUUGCUCGACGAGCUGAGUCCGCCGCGCGUGCCGAGGAUGAGCGGAGGGCUGCUGCACACGCUGCAGCUAUGCGCGGACAUGCCGGGUCUGACAGCCUCGAAGUACCGCACGCUAGCAGUCCCGCGCCAUCGCGCGAGAGCGGUAGCAUGCGUGUUAGUAGCUCGCCGCUCGUUGGCGGGGAACUCGUCGGCUCGGUCGUGUUCAGCAAGCGGAUGCGGAUCGGCAUCUACUUGGGCACGAUGAUCAACGUUGUGUUCGGUGCGCUCCGUUUCCUCUCAGUAUAG